AUGCCUGAUUGGGACACGGGCAAUGUCACGAACAUGGGUAGUGCAUUUUCGUCUAAAUACUACUUCAAUGCAUCCAUCGGGAACUGGAACACGUCGCGAGUGACGUAUAUGGGUUCCAUGUUUCAGUCUGCGUAUUCGUUUAAUCAGGACAUCGGGAACUGGAACACGUCGCAGGUGACGAACAUGUAUUCCAUGUUUCAGUCUGCGAAUUCGUUUAAUCAGGACAUCGGGAACUGGAACACGGCGCGAGUGACGUAUAUGGGUUCCAUGUUUCAGUAUGCAUCUUCGUUUGAUCAGGACAUCGGGGGCUGGAACACGUCGCAGGUGACGAACAUGUAUUCCAUGUUUCAGUAUGCGUCUUCGUUUGAUCAGGAUAUCGGGAACUGGAACACGUCGCGAGUGACGUAUAUGUAUUCCAUGUUUCAGGGCGCAUCUGCGUUUGAUCAGGACAUCGGGGGCUGGAACACGUCGCGAGUGACCAAUAUGGGUUCCAUGUUUCAGUAUGCAUCUUCGUUUGAUCAGGACAUCACAAACUGGAACACGUCGCGAGUGACGAACAUGUAUUCCAUGUUUCAGUAUGCGUCUUCGUUUGAUCAGGAUAUCGGGAACUGGAACACGUCGCGAGUGACGUAUAUGUAUUCCAUGUUUCAGGGCGCAUCUGCGUUUGAUCAGGACAUCGGGGGCUGGAACACGUCGCGAGUGACCAAUAUGGGUUCCAUGUUUCAGUAUGCAUCUUCGUUUGAUCAGGACAUCACAAACUGGAACACGUCGCGAGUGACCAAUAUGGGUUCCAUAUACAUGUUCUAUAACGCGGGUGCGUUCAACCAGCCCAUAGGGUCGUGGAACACCGCCAAUGUCACGACCAUGCGAUCUAUGUUUCAGGGCGCAUCUGCGUUUAAUCAGGACAUCGGAAACUGGAACACGACUUCUGUCACGGACAUGUACAGCAUGUUUGGUAGCGCGACGGCGUUCAAUCAGAACAUCACGGGAUGG